AAAAAUGAGCUACUUAUCAGCAAUCGAGAACCAGGAGAACAUGGUUGUCAAGCAAGAAAUCAAAAUUGAGGAGGAAGACGACGAUUAUCCCCUGAGCACAAUUGAUAUGGCAGUACAAGCUCUGAUCCGUAACCCACAUCACAACGUGGACUACAUCUGUGGAGUGAUGAUAUUUGGAGGAUCAAAGAAUCAGUUUAAUGAGUUGCUCAAUCCUGUAGUGGUGGCUCAAAUGAGCAAGCAGAGAAAACAAAAGAAGGUUCCAGUAAAGAAUCCAGCAGGAGAAGCCAAGAGAGGAAGAGGACGCCCAAGAAAACAGAGUUCAGAGGAGAAGGUGCAGAUUCCAAAGGUAGUUGUGAAAUUUGAGCCAAAGAAGCGUGGAAGACCAGCUGGAGCAGCGAAAUGGAGCCAGGAGGUAGCUGUAGUGCUCCAAAAGCAGCCACAGAGGAAAAGAGGACGGCCUCUGAAAAUUGCGAAAAAGAUUGAGCCGGUGUUUCAUCAGAAAAAGGAAAGUAAACAGAACUCGGAGGAAAAGGCUCUGAUUCAACAGGAAGCUGUGAAAGGUGAGCCAAAGAAUCGUGGAAGACCAUGUGGAGCAGCAGAAAGGAGCCGGGAGGUAGUCAAGAAGCUCCAGAAGCAGCCACCAAGGAAAAGAGGAAGGCCUCUGAAAAUCGCAAAGAAUAUGGAGCCGGAGAUUAAUCAGAAAAAGGAUACUAAACAGGUCCAUGUCUGCCCAAUCUGCACUCUGGCAAGCAAGAACGGCACCUGUCUGUGCACAAAAUGUCAAAAAUGGGUACAUUUGAAGUGUACUGGAAUCCGGAGCAAACAGUGGAAUUCGCAGUUUCAGUGCAAAAAUUGUACAUGCUGAAAAUAAUUGGACACAUGUUUUAUUUUUGUUUGUAGAUUUUUAAAAAUUAAUAAAAAAUCGAAUAAAUCCAUUAUUUGUUUUUCAAUUUA